AUGCCAUCUACAUAUCUUUUGCGUCAAAAGGGGCUGAGAAACUUUUCUAAACUUGCCCAAGGCUCUGAGAAAUUAUCUUUGGCGGGCAUUUCUUUGUUUUCUUCAGAGCAGACCUCAUCUUCUUUCGUAAAAAUCAUUAGUUCAGAUCCCGUGUUGGGUUCUCCAUUAAACAUUGCGAGAGACCGGUGUGUUGUUGACCAGCGAAAGGCAAUUUCUGUAGUUGGAAUUAUAACUCGUUCUUUGUCGGGUCCCCUAGUGCCUGGUUCUUCUUGUCAGCCCUGUUAUUACAUCAGUGAUCUGUUGUCUUCUGAGCCGCGCCGAAGAUCCUUGCAAAGUCCACUACAGAGGAGCUUAAUGACGGCUUGCAGUUCUCUGUUAGGUAGAGUCGAGCUAUCUGCUCAAAAUAGAAUGAGCUUAAACAGAAAAAGUGGGCAGGCGAUGAAUUUCGUUGUUAGGAUAGAUGCCUCUGAUUACAAGAAACGCAUUGACUGCCUAAUAAGAGUUUGUGGGAGCCUAAAAAAUCAAGAACCUCGGGGAAAUAAUAUGAUCUACAAGUGCUUCUGGUCAGGUGCUGAUGGGAAGGGUUGGUCACGUAAUCCCUUCUCAGAGACUGGGACGAAGGAUUUUCACUCAUCGACUGGAACAUCAUAUUCAGCCGGUGCUGCUACUGACGUGUCAUUUCAUGGGACUACGCGAGAAGAACAGUUUGACAGUUCCACGGGAUCAUCUGACCAGUACGUUUUUUCGGCUUUUGUAGUUUCUUGUUUAUUUAUUCCAUUAAAUUCUUUUAGAAGCUUAUGAAAUCUGUGUAAGUAUAUAUAUUAUAUAUGUUAUUAUAUUUAUCUACACUUAUCUGGUUGCGUGGGUUUUUCUGUAUUCAUUUGCGUAACCAUUAUUACGAAAGUUAAUCACUUACUUUAAUUGCCAUUUCAUUUUCUUAGAACAUCUGUUAUGUCAUAAUUUUUAUAAUUGCUUUUGAUUUAAAACUUUUAGUAUAGUUUUUUGUUGUUUUCUUGUCAGUAUUUCUUUCUACAACCAGCUUCUCAGUAUUCCAAUCAUAACUCUGUUUAUGUCAAGUAGCAACCCAACUAAUUCAUCUUCACCCGUUCUUUAGAUUUUGUAUUCGACUGCUUGAAGUAGUAUUCGACUCUUCCAUAAGUACGAAGUACAGACAGAAGAACACACUAAUGAUGUACGGUUACCGGGGACUUUUUGCACUCUUCAUGAGUAGUAUUGAGUAGGAACUUGAGUGGCCUUAUGCAUUUUAUAUGAGUUCUCAUAAUUGUGGGCUUCAUUAAACCUUGCUGAUUGAAAUGAAUGAAGGAGGUUGGUAGAAGAAGCAUCGUCAUGCUCUUCCCCAGCAACAAAGGUUAUUAACAUUUCGUGCAAGUGAAGGUUAAUCAACAUCCAUUCAAUUGCGGUUAAACAAAUGGCUAUGUUAUGUUGAAAUGGGUUAUGUUCAAAACAGUCGGUCGCUUAGGAUGUGUCGUGGGUUAUGUGAAUGUAAAUGACUGCGAAUUGACUCAAAGUCUAUUGUAGCGGCUAAAAAGAGGAGGGCCAUUUCUAUGAUAAUCUAAAGUGUCUUAACGUCAUCCAUGCCCCCGGCCCCCAAUGUUACCUUGAAGCUGUCCUCUCUUUCACUAUAAUUCUCUCUACCUUUGAGAGGGACUCUGUUGGUUCCUCUCUCUCUAUCUCUCCCUCAAUUAUGUUCUCACCAUCAGGCAACAGUAUUUCAUCCUUUCUCACUUCUACCAAAAUCUAUUGCACUUGCUUGUCUUAACCUCAAUGGGACUGGGAGUACUGGAAAUACCAAUGCUUUCUUUCCUGUGGGAGACAAUGGACAGGAUGUCAAAAGACUAUCCUCUUCCCUGAAAGAAGAGGAUAGUCAAAAGACUGUGGGGCAUUAGGUCUAGGCGUUCUUUCUCAUUUGCUUGUUUUUUGGCAUUAAAUGAGGAAUAUUUUCAUUGAUGAUAUCUGCUCUCCACUAUUGGAAACUCAGCUGCCUCUUUUAGACCCUUACAAGACAGUCAAAAACCUCAGUGAUGGCUGGAAGAUAACUGCAAUGAUAAUCCAAAUCAUACGGAUAACACAAGCAGGCGAACGACGAGAGAAAAGUUGUCAGAUAACUGAUAAAUGUGUUCUAUUUGAAUUUAUCAUAUUUCUCUGAAAAAAAACAAGCCUGACUUAUUUGUGUGGUUGAGUUGGUUUUGUCUGGUUCACGUCAUGUACAGUUGGCUGUACUAGGUCAGAUCUUAUUUUUAAGAUCAUAAGCUGCAUUUUCCCGUGUGAUCCUGCCAGUUGUAGAUGUAAAUAUCUUCAAAGGUGAAUCAAAGGGAUCCAUAGAACAUGGUUUUUUAUUUAGUUAUAAUAAUGACGAAAAAAUACUCCUUUCUGACUCAUUCGAAAUUUGUUACUCUGCUCUAUCAUUUCGCAUCCUGCCAGUCAACUCAUGGAGAUAUUGCUUUUAAAACAAGAAAAAGAUGUCACUUAUAUUGUUCUCUAAUUACCAAGUUUGUUUUCGUCCACAGGAAGAUGGUUGGGGAUAGAACAUUAAAACUACUAUCAGGUUCUUGCUACUUGCCACACCCAGCUAAGGAGGAAACUGGAGGAGAAGAUGCUCAUUUUAUUUGUAUUGAUGAGCAGGCCAUUGGUGUAGCAGAUGGGGUUGGUGGUUGGGCUGACCUUGGUGUUGAUGCAGGAAAAUAUGCCAGGGAACUCAUGUCUCAUUCUGUGUCUGCAAUUCAAGAAGAGCCGAAAGGCUCCGUUGAUCCAGGUAGGGUUCUGGAGAAAGCUUACUCCAGCACAAAGUCCAGGGGAUCUUCAACAGCUUGUAUUAUUGCGCUCACCAACCAGGUUUGUCAGACAUUUCGUGUCUAGAAACCACUUUAUUUUCUGGACACGUUAGUUGAUUUCACUCAUAUUUGACGUUUUGCACAUGAUGGGUAUGUGCUACACAUGCAUUCUGCAAAAAAUUAUUUAUUUCCUGAACAAUCUACACAUGUGCUACACAUGUUCUAGUACUUACGAUAGGUGCAUUUGAUUAGUCCUAGAUAAACCAUGACAUAUUUCUUCGUCAUAAUAGCCGCAGCAAACCAUGGUUUGCAAACUUUGUGGAUUGCAGCAUGACUAAUAUUUUCAUAUAUUCCGGUCAUAAAAGUGAUGGCCAACUAUUCUUCUUGCUUCGCUCUGCUGUGGCGGCCAACUGUUCGUAUUCCUUAGUUUUAGACGUACAAUUUUUGAGUUUUGUGUAUAUCAUCUACCAAUUGUUGACUGGUUUAUUACUUUUGACUCGGAUUUUUUCUUUUCGAUUCAGGGUGUUCAUGCUGUCAAUCUAGGAGACAGUGGCUUCAUAGUGGUGAGGGAAGGAUGCACGAUAUUUCGAUCGCCUGUGCAGCAGCAUGAUUUUAACUUCACAUACCAACUUGAAAGUGGGAAUGGUAGUGAUCUCCCGAGCGCCGCCCAGGUCAGACUCAUCCUUCUCGUUCUCUACUGAUUAGGGGAAUCAAUAGGCCCGAUAGACCCCUUUGGAAAGCCAAGAUUUCCAUGCAAGCAUCCUGGGUUUACACACGUGACUCCCCCAACCCCUCUCUCUCUCUCUCUCUCUCUCUCUCUCUCUCUCUCUCUCUCUCUCUCUCUGGAGUGCUAAUAGAGGGCCAGCAGGGCGCGCCCCUAUGUGGGACUCAAUUCAUAGUAGUCCCGACUCAUAGUUUCUCUGAUAUCGCGCUCUUACCAUACGCAGAAGCUCUUCUUUUUUUCUUCUUCGGGUAAUGAAAUUCUGUUCGUCGUUGAACAUCGGCAGGUGUUUACCUUCCCCGUGGCUCCGGGCGACGUGAUUAUUGCGGGGACGGAUGGACUGUUCGACAACCUGUACAACAACGAGAUCACGGCGGUGGUUGUCCACGCGGUGAGGGCGGGGCUUGGGCCGCAAGUGACCGCGCAGAAGAUCGCCGCGCUGGCGCGGCAGCGGGCGCAGGACAAGAACAGGCAGACACCCUUCGCCACGGCGGCCCAGGAUGCCGGCUAUCGCUACCACGGCGGCAAGCUCGACGACAUCACCGUCGUCGUCUCUUACAUCACUGCGUCCGACAAGUGA